AUGGCUCAAGGUAUUUCCAAGGAUGAGCAGGAGACGCUCCGGCUGCUGGUGCAGCAUGUCUCCCGAGCGUUCUACGAAGCCAAGUACACGGUCAUUAUGGACCAGCUGAUUCGCCAUCCAGUCCUGAAGGACGAUGACCUGGCGGGGCGGAUGGGGCUGCAGCUCAAGGAGCUCAACAAAAUCAUGGCGACUUUGGAGACGCAUAAUUUGGUCCGAAUAUACCGGCAAAACGAGCUGAAGGAGGGCGCCCAGCGCUCCGUCGGCCGGCAGUACUUCUACAUCGACUACCAGUCCUUCUGCAACGUCGUCAAGUGGCGCAUGGCCGAGAUGCGCCGCGUGAUCGACAAGGGUCUCCGGAACGAGCUCGACACCAAGGGCUACGUCUGCCCGCAGUGCAAGAAGGCGUACCAGGCCCUCGAGGCCGACCGGCUCGUCAACUUCGAGACCGGGCUCUUCCACUGCGACGUCUGCGGCGCGGAGCUCGUCGACAACGAGAACGCGGAGAACGUCGUCGGCAGCCAGGACCGCAUGCAGCGCUUCAAUCGGCAGAUGCGCUUCAUCCUCGACGGCCUGCGGAAGACGGAGGACAUGGUGUUGCCCAACUUCGACGUCGCGCACUGGAUCCGACAACACCUCGAGGCCGAGCGCGCAAAGGCCGCCGCGCGCGACGGCGGCCUCAAGAUCGCGGGCGGCUCCGGCGACGGGCGCGCGGGGGACACGAUCGGCGUCGUGCUCUCGGUCGACAAGGACGAGGAGACGGCGCGGGCGGAGCGCGACCGCGAGGCGGAGGCGAAGCGCCAGCAGAACGCGCUCCCGCUCUGGCACCUGCAGAGCACGAUCUCGGGGGACCUCACCGCGCUCGGCAUCAAGGAGAGCGCGCGGGCGGAGGCCGCGGCGGUCGCGGACGGGAACCGGCUCCCGAGCUCGAACGACGCGAUCCUGAAGGGGCUCGGGACGGCGAACGGGGGUGCGGCGGCGGUGGCGGCGGCGGCGGCGGCGAAUGGCGCGGGGGGCAUGGCGGUGGUGAAUGGCGGAGAGGACGCGAAGCUGGGGGUCGGGCAGACGGCCGAGGCGGAGUACUACGAGCGGUACUACGCCACGCUUGCGGCGUCGGCGGCACCCUCGGGGAUGCCGACACCACGACUCAGCGAUUUUGGGGAGGACGAAGAAGACGUGAAGCCAGACCUGGAGUAUCUCGACUCGCUGAACGAAUACCGGAAGCGGUCACGGUCCCGCGAGGACGUCGGCGACGAGGACCGCGGGACGACGCCAAAGUUGCCGCGCACAGAGGGGAGCAUGUCCCCGCCUGCGCUGGACGCGCCCCCAGCAGGCGGGGCGGACGACCCGAUCGUCUACGUGAACGGGGGGCCGGUUCCGUUCUCGCUUGUGACGGAGGAGCACCAAGAGGCGAUGAGCCCGGAGGAGUACGCAGCGUACUACGAGGUUAUGACCGCGCGGCUGUGA